GGAAGAAGACCGCAUUUGCCAUCAUUUCCCGGGGAAGCAGUUCACCAUGUAUGAAUUUGCUUUCCGUGAGGCGGGGAUUAGACUGCCCUUCAACUCCUUCCAGAUGUCGGUCUUCAAGUGGCUCCGGCUGGCGCCGUCCCAACUACAUCCUAAUGCUCUCGCAUUUAUGCGGGCAUUCGAGUUAGUUUGCCAGUUCCUCGGCAUUGGUUGCACCCGGGCUCUCUUCUUCCACGUUUUCCAUCUCCAGAGGUCCGGUUCCCGUGGUCGCCACAGUUGGGUUUCUUUCAAGCAGCCCGUGCGUCUGUUCAAGACGUACGAGGAUUCUGUUCGCCAUUUCAAAAACCGGUGGUACGUGGUGAUGCCGAUUACCCGGGCUGCCCUUCACUCUCUAUACUACUAUCAGCGGAAACCCAAUGGGGAGGAGACGCUGAUGUCGAAGAUACCGCUGAGGUGGCAGCGUGAUCAUUUCGAUCUCUCCACGGCGCAUUACCGAGUCAAGUAUGCGAUGCUCGGCGAGGAGGAUAGGCUCGCGUACAAGAAGCUGGUCGAUUACGUGCAGAGCUUCAGCUUGGGGUUCUGGGCGAAUCGACAGGGCGUGCCCUACCUGGAUGAGGCCGGGGAACUAAUCACCGAGGCGCGUUAUAUCAAUACGAAGGCUCUGCUCGAGUGUGAUACCGAGGAGGAAGCUCUGGCGUUAUUGAGUGCCAUGCCCAAUGCUCGUGAUCGGGUGCUGAAGCUAGCGAAUCAGGUCGGCGCUCCUGACCGGGUGCCCAAGAAGAAGAAGAAAACUGUGGCCCGUCCCUUGGAGACUGCUGGCGAUGCCGGGGCUAGUCCCUCGCAGGCGGCGAGCGUGAUUCCUUCCUCUCCUCCUCGAUCUAACCCGAUCAACAUUCCUGAUAGCAGUCCGUCGCCAGCGGCUUCUCCCCUCCAUAAACGGAAGCGUCCGGCUGGGGCCCUACCAGGUCGUCUCCAGGAAGCCGAGGAGUCGAUUGCUGUGCCUGCGCCUGAGGCCAAGGCUAUUCUGGACCAGGAUGUUGCUGCCCGGAGGAAAGAUCUGGCCAGGGAUAUUGCUGCUGUCAUCCGGGUGAUGGAGACGGCCAUGGUUUUGACCGACACUUCGGUCUCCACCGCCUCGCUGGAGGAUGCCCUUUUGCAGGUUCGGACGGAGAAGGAAAGACUAUCUAAAGAUCUGUCGGACUACAAAGAAGAGCAUCAGCUGCAGGAAGGGCUGAGCCAGAAGCUGGAGGAGGUGGAAAAGGAGAGGGACCAGUUGAAGGCUGCUAAGGCGAGCUUGGAAGAGCAGGUGGUCGACCAUCAGAAGCUGACCGAGGACAACGCUGGCCUACGGGCUCAGGUUGAGUCUCUCGAGGGAAAGGUCCGUCCUCUGGCAGAUGAGACCGAGGAGGAACGCGCCCUUGGUUCGCGCGGUGAGCUGCUAGGGCAUAUUCGGACUCUCAACCAAGAUCUCGUGGCCUGCUUCAAAGAGGGUUUCGACAAUGCUGUCGAGCAGCUCGGGCUUCUGAACCCUGAGUUGGUGACAGUAGGGUCGGCCUAUAACUGCUGCGUCCGGGAUGUUAUCAUGGCCUGCGUGCCUUAUGUAUUUGGCCUUCGGGCGUUGUAA